AUGGAGUCCGAAAUCGCAUUCGACAAUUCUCCGAAUUAUCGAGUCUACAAGAAUGGCCGCGUCGAACGUCUCAGUGGAGAAACAACCGUCCCACCGUCUCUAACCCCACAAAACGGCGUCGUAUCUAAAGACGCCGUCUACUCCCCGGAGAAAAACCUCUCCGUCCGCAUAUUCCUCCCGGCGAAAGUCGUUGGAACCGAUCAAAAGCUCCCAGUCCUCGUCUACUUCCACGGCGGCGGCUUCGUCAUCCACACCGCUUUUUCACCGACUUACCACACUUUCCUCACAACGACCGUCGCCGCCGCAGACUGCUUAGCUAUCUCGGUGGAUUACCGUCGCGCGCCGGAGUUUCCGAUCCCAAUCCCGUACGAGGACUCAUGGAAUUCCCUCAAAUGGCUGUUUCGUCACAUCGACGGAACCGGAUCGGAGAAUUGGAUAAACAAACACGCCGAUUUCGCGAAAGUGUUCCUCGCCGGAGAUAGCGCCGGUGGAAACAUCACUCAUCAUCUAGCGAUGCGCGCGAAAAGGGAGAAACUAGAUCAUUUGGUUUCCGGGAUUGUCUUGAUCCAUCCGUAUUUCUGGGGGAAGAAUCCGAUCGACGAAUUCGAGACGAGAGACGUGAAGAAGAGGAAAAGAGUCGAAGGUUGUUGGGCAAUCGUGAGUCCGAAUAGCGAGAAGGGAGUGGAUGAUCCGUUGUUCAACGUGGUCGGAUCCGAAUCGUCGGAUCUAUCCGGGUUGGGUUGCGGGCGGGUUCUGGUGAUGGUAGCCGGAGAUGACAUAUAUGCGAGGCAAGGAUUGGGUUACGCGGUGAAGCUGAAGAAGAGUGGAUGGGAAGGAGAAGUUGAGCUGAUGGAGAUUAAAGACGAAGAUCAUGUUCAUCAUUUGAAGAAUCCUAUCACUGAUAAUGCUCGUCAAGUUGUGAAGAAAAUUGCAGAGUUUCUUAAUAAGUAA